AUGCUUCGUCUCGUUUCAAUUCUUGUUCUUUCAUGGAUCUUGUUUUCUCCAUGCCAUGCACAAGAUUCAGGGUCCCCAAAAGAAACCCAGAAUGGAAACCCUGCACCUCAGAAUAACUCAAUAAUACCAUUAGCAGCAUCAAGAACAUACAGAAUUGACCCAAGUAAUGAUUUCAAUUACUACGAUGGUGGAUGGGAUAUUACCAAUACACAUUAUUAUAUGUCUCUUGCUUUUUCUGGUGUUCCUCCGGUUGCUGUUGCUGUCGUCUGGUUUUUCAUGGUGGCAAUUGUCUUCACCCUCAUAGCUUUAUUGAGUUGUUGUGGCUGCUGCAAGGGAAAGCACAGUGCUGAAAUUGGAGGGUUUUUCCUUUACACUGGACUGGAGAGAUUCCAGAUUACUGCAAAUGAUGUAUCAGAUGUUCUUGUCACGAAAGCAAACUCAAUAUUUAAUAUUGUUGAAAACGUGGUAACCAAUCUUGCAGCCGCCAAGAACAUACAAGUAGCUGGUUUUACUCUUCCAGAUGAUAUCAAGCAAGGCAUUGAAAUCGCUGAAGAUUUCACCAACGAAGCUGAUAUUAUUAGGAAUCAAGCAGAGAAAACUGCAAGAAUCUCAAUGGAAUUCCUGAAAGCUAUAAGCGAAAGUCUGAUCAUUGUUGGCUCUAUGAUGCUUAUUUUGGCAGCAAUUGGCUUCAUGGUCUCUUUUCUUGGCUGGAAAGUAGUCGUUUACAUCUUGGUUUUCUUUGGGUGGAUUCUGGUCACAAUCACAUUUCUGUUGAGCAGCUUAUCUUUGGUUGUUCAUAAUGGUGUAGCUGACACAUGUGUUGCCAUUGAUGAAUGGGUUCAACACCCACGAAGUGAAUCAGCUCUAAGUAAGCUUCUUCCUUGCAUGGAUGAGGCAACAACCCAGAAAACCUUGGACAUAAGCAAAAACACCUCGUACCUUGUGGUAAAUUUGGUUAAUGAAUUUGUAGUUAAUAUAGCCAACAACGAUAAUCCUCCAAUGGCUGAUAAGGAUAUAAAGUACAAUCAAUCUGGUCCAGCCUUGCCCCUCAUCUGCAAUCCAUUUUUCCCUAACAUGACUGAAAGAAAAUGUGAGACCAUGGAAAUAAGCUUACAGGGUGCACCUACAGCAUAUAAGAGUUUUUUAUGCAAUACAUCUCCAUCUGGUGUGUGCAUUACAGUGGGGAGAUUGACUCCAUCCCUGUACUCAAAGGUUAUGGUGGCUACCAACUUGAGUGACUCACUGUAUCGAAAUGGUCCAGUCUUUGCUGGACUAUUAAACUGUUCUUUUGUCAUAGGAACAUUUGAUCAAAUCAAUAACGAUGAUUGCCCUUCGUUCAAGCGAAACAGCCACCAGAUAUUCAUUGGCUUGGUGGUUGUUUCAACUGCAGUAAUGUUUUCUGUGAUUUUGUGGGUUGUCUUUGUCAAAGAAAGACAAGUUCAAAUGUCUGCAAAGAAGAUAAGGACAAGAACAGCAACACCUGUUGUAGUUCCACAAGAACAUGACCAUGAUGUAGUUCCACAAGACCAAGAAAACCAUAUUAGCACACCAUAA